AUGGCAGCAGUCCUCGUUUUCGUUGUUGACCCACCCUCGCUCGUCUUCCGGCCGACGCUGGCGCACGCCCGGCCGCACUUCCAGGCGGCGCUCGCGGCGCGACCGGCGGCUGCCGGCGUCGAAGCCAGCUUUGGCUUCGGCGGCCGCUUUGGCUCUGCCGACGCGAGGCGCGAGGCCCGGCGCUCGGGCGUGUUUGGCCGCCGUCCGCCGGGGCCGGGUCCGAUGCUCGACCCCGUGGCGGCGCGUGCGCAAGGCUACUCCGGCGCGGAGCUCAACCGGAUGGACCCGCGCCGCGCAGCCGCCGUCGCCGCGCCGUUCCUCGCCCAGCAGCGGAUGGCGCAGGCGCUGCAGCGGCCUCUCCAGCCGCCGCCGCCGCUGCGCCGCGGGCCCCCGCUGCGGCUGCACCGGGCGCUCCCGAGGCCGGGCGCGCCCCCCACCGCCAGCCUCCUCAAGAGCCCUCUCGCCGGCUCCGCUGAGGCACGGCAACAGGUUGGCAUGGACAUGGCGGCGUCGCUGCAGCCGUCGGCGGUGGUCGAGGCGGAGGCGCGCGCCGCGGCGGCGGAGGCGUGGGCGGCGGCGGUGGCGGAGGAGCGCGAGACGGAGAAGGGGGCGGAGGGCGAUGCGGCGGAGGGGGCGGCACCGAGCUGGCUGGCUAGGCUUGCGGGCGGCGAGGUCGACUCCCUCGGCGAGGUGGAGGUAGUCUCGGCCGUGUCCGAGGCGGCGAUGACUGCGCGCGCGCCCGCCGAGAGCCUCGACGACGUCGCGGCGAAGCAGCGCUGGCUCAAGUCGCUCGACGUUCCGAUGUGGGGCAGGGCUGCGGUGGCGCUCUCCGAGGCCGCUUCCGACGCGGCGGGGAUGGCGGCGCUGUCUGCGCAGUGCGACUCUGGCGACGACGUCUCGUGCCGCAUCCUCUCGGAGCAGGAGGAGGACUCGCAGGCGAGGCUGGCGAGGCUCAACGUGCCCAACUGGGGCGCGGCGGCGGCGGUGCUGUCGGUUGCUGCGUCGGACGCGGCCGCGGCGUUCGGCUUCAACCUCAAGGGGUACCGCCCAAAGGGGGGGGCGUCUCCGGAGGCGGAGGAGGAGGAGUGA